AUGCAAUUCAAGGCCGUUGCCCUUUUCGCCGCCAUGGCUUCCGUUGCUGCUGCCGGACAGACAGUUACCGUCUAUGCAUGCCCAGCAUCCUCUAGCUCUGCUGCUGGUUACGCUACCCCAACCAUCGGCACUGUUGGCUCAACUGGCGUCCUUAGCUCUUCUACCCCAACUGGUUCUCCCAUCACCUACGCCACCACCGGCGCUGCCUCCGUUCACGGUGUCUCCGCUCUCGGUCUGUCCGUUGCUGGUGUCAUUGCUCUCCAUUCACCUUCGAGCUUCGAUGGCGUCAUGAUGUCUGGCGUUCUACUCUUUAAUUCGGCCCAUGAUUUUGAUGGCUAA